AUGCAGUUGAUGAUUUCCACAGCUACAGUCUUUCUAGAGUUUUGGAAAAGACGGAGAGCUGUAUUAACGUAUGACUGGGACCUCAUAGACUGGGAAGAUGAAGAGGAAGAGCUGCGCCCACAGUUUGAAGCUAAAUAUUCCCAAGUGGAAAGAGUAAAUCCCAUCACAGGAAAACCUGAACCUUUUCAGCCUUUCCCUGAUAAGCUCAGUCGACUGAUGGUGUCUGUCUCAGGAAUAUUCUUCAUGAUUUCACUGGUCCUCACUGCGGUGUUUGCCGUUGUGGUGUAUCGUCUGGUAGCCAUGGAACAGUUUGCUUCUUUCAAGUGGUAUUUCAUCAAGAAGUAUUGGCAGUUCGCAACAUCUGGCACUGGAGUCUGUAUCAAUUUUAUGAUCAUCAUGUCACUUAAUGUUGUGUAUGAAAAGGUUGCCUAUCUCCUGACAGACUUAGAGCACCCUAGAACAGAAUCUGAAUGGGAAAACAGCUUUGCCUUGAAAAUGUUCCUCUUCCAGUUUGUCAACUUGAACAGCUCCAUCUUUUACAUUGCCUUUUUUCUUGGCAGAUUUGCAGGCCGCCCAGGAAAAUACAACAAGCUUUUCAACAGAUGGAGACUGGAAGAGUGUCAUCCUAGUGGCUGCUUGAUAGAUCUGUGUUUGCAAAUGGGAGUUAUCAUGGUUUUAAAACAAAUGUGGAACAACUUCAUGGAACUAGGCUAUCCUUUAUUACAGAAUUGGUGGUCACGACGCAAAAUGAAGCGAAGAGGGCAACUAAUGGAGCAUAAAAUUUCCCUGCCUCAGUGGGAAAAAGAUUGGAAUCUGCAGCCUAUGAAUCUUCAUGGUUUAAUGGACGAAUAUUUAGAGAUGGUUUUACAGUUUGGCUUCACCACCAUCUUCGUUGCUGCCUUCCCGCUGGCACCUCUCUUGGCACUGCUUAACAAUAUCAUAGAGAUAAGGUUAGACGCGUACAAGUUUGUCACGCAGUGGCGAAGACCGAUGCCUGCAAGAGCAACAGAUAUAGGUAUCUGGUAUGGCAUUCUGGAAGGAAUUGGAGUUCUGGCCGUCAUCACCAAUGCCUUUGUCAUUGCCAUUACAUCAGAUUACAUUCCACGUUUUGUCUAUGCAUACAAAUACGGCCCCUGUACAGAUCAAGGGUACAGACAAGAAAAAUGCUUAAAAGGAUAUGUCAACAGCAGUUUAUCGGUGUUUGAUUUGAGUGAACUUGGGAUGGGAUACUCGGGAUACUGCCGGUAUAGAGAUUACAGAGCCCCACCAUGGAGUUCAACUCCAUAUGAAUUCACUUUGCAGUUCUGGCAUGUCCUGGCAGCGCGGCUGGCCUUCAUCAUAGUAUUUGAGCACCUUGUUUUUGGAAUAAAGUCUUUCAUUGCCUACCUGAUUCCAGACAUGCCCAAAGACUUGUGCGACAGAAUGAGGAGAGAGAAAUACUUAGUCCAGGAAAUGAUGUAUGAGGCUGAACUGGAGCAUUUGCAGAGAGAAAGGAAAAAGAAUGGGAAACAGUAUCACCAUGAAUGGCCUUAG